CCAACCCCCUUCCGCUGCUUUGUUAGCGCAAACAUACAAACGCGCCUCACCUACACGGUGAAGAGGAAGGGAGAGCUCCCCGUACAAUAAUGGGCACCCGGCUCCUGCCCCCCGGGCCGCCGCAGAGCAGCGGAAAGAAUGUCGGCGCGGGCCGCGGGUGACGUCAGAAGGGAGCAGCGCAGCGCGGCGGCGGCCAGGCAGCGGCAGCGGCGGCCCCGCCACGGCGAAGGAGGCGGAGGCGGAGGAGGCGGGAGCGGCGCCGGCCCCGCCGCCACCGCAGCGGCAAUGGCGGCCGUCGGGGAGCGCAGGUCCUUGCCCAGCCCCGAGGCGAUGCUGGGGCAGCCCUGGAGCCACUGGGUCGAUGCUGCUAAACUUCACGGGAACGACGGAACAGCGUUAGAAGAAAGUUUCAAGGAAUAUGGAAGAAACCGAGAAGCAAUGCGACUUUGCCGAGAAGAUAUGCCAAUAUUUGGUCUUUGCCCGGCUCAUGAUGAUUUCUAUUUGGUGAUGUGUAACCACUGUAAUCAGGUCGUAAAACCACAGGCAUUUCAAUCACAUUAUGAAAGAAGACACAGCUCCUCCAGCAAGCCGCCUUUGACUCCUCCCUCCUCUUCAGUAUUUUCCCUCAUUUCAUCUUUCCCUUCAAAAAACAAAGGUAGCAGUGGAAGUGGGAGCAAUCGUUCAUCCAGUGGAGGUACUAGUGCAUCAUCAUCAAAUUCCAAGUUGUUGAAAUCACCCAAAGACAAGCUGCACAUCAGCGGAAACAACAGGUUAAUGCAUUCGGUACAGCAUAGCAAAGUUCCCCAUGAUAAAAUUAUGACUCCAUCUGUCAAAGUGGAAAAGAUUCAUCCAAAGAUAGAUGGUGCCCAACUGAAAGCUGCUGUUGGUCCAACUUGUUCUACUACUGUGAGUUCCUCAAUAAAGACUGGCCUUAAUUGUCCCUCAAUACCAAAGCCACCCUUGCCUUCCCCUGGACAGAUACUGAAUGGUAAAGGUCUUCUCUCUGUGCCUCCAUUUUUGGAAAAGAAACCUGAAGAAAAUACAAAUAAUAGGAAAUUUUUACAUAAAAGAUUGUCAGAGAGAGAAUUUGAUCCUGAUAUAUACUGUGGUGUCAUUGAUGUGGAAACCAGGAAACCUUGUACUAGGUCUUUGACAUGCAAGACACAUUCCUUAACCCAGCGGAGGGCUGUACAGGGUCGAAGAAAACGAUUUGAUGUGUUAUUAGCCGAGCACAAAAGCAAAACCAGGGAAAAGGAACUUCUUCGACAUUCGGAUCAUCAUCAGCAGAUGCCCCCUCUCAGGGAACCACAUCCCUCACCUACUAAAACUUCCCAGGAGCUGCACCAAAAUUCUCAUGGAGUUACUCUUACAGAAUCAAAGCCUUUAUUACCUAAUAAACCCAAACCUCACCCCCCCAGUCUUCCAAGGCCUCCAGGCUGUCCAGCCCAGCACAGUGGAAAUGCCCCUAGCGAGUCUCCUUCUGUCCACGAGUCCCCGCACCCUCCCUUGCCUGCAGCUGAGCCAGCAUCUCGGUUAUCCAGUGAUGAGGGAGAAUGUGAUGAAAAAGAAGAGCCUGUUGAAAAACUGGAUUGUCAUUAUUCAGGUCAUCAUCCUCAACCAGCCGCUUUUUGCACAUUUGGUAGUCGGCAAAUUGGAAGAGGUUAUUACGUGUUUGACAAGCGGUGGAAUCAUAUUCGAUGUGCACUUGACUUCAUGUUGGAGAAGCAUCUUAAUUCACAGAUGUGGAAGAAAAUUCCUCCGGCAUCUAGUAACACAGCAUCAGUUCGUGCACCACAUCGGACAAACUCGAUGCCUGCUUCACAGUACGGUGUCAGUGCAGCAGGUUUCCUCUUACCCACCACGGUUAUGUCAUCGCCAGCAUUGGUAUCUCCUUCCUGUGUGUCUCUGAAUAAUAAAUCGGUACCAUCGCAUGGAACGACACUAAAUGCCAAUCCUGCUAGUUUGGGUGCAGUGGAUCCUGUCUGCAGUAUGCAAUCAAGACAAGUGUCUUCAUCCCCUUCAACACCUACAGUGCUUUCCUCUGUACCUUCACCUAUGCCCAGCAAACCUCAGAAAAUGAAAUCCAGCAAAUCUUUUAAACCUAAGGAAUCUUCUGCUGGCAGUGGCACCUGUAACAGUACCGGCAGCGUCAGUAGCAGCGGCGGCUCAGGAAAGAAGCGUAAAAACAGUUCCGCACUGCUAGCACCUUCUCAUUCCACGGAGUCCUUUAGAAAAAACUGUGUGGUUAACUCUGGAAACUCUGGGACCUCCUAUCAUCCAUCGGUGACAGCUUCGUCCCACAGCGUUGGCCUCAACUGUAUGACUAGCAAAGCUAACUCUGUUAGCCUCAAACAUGACCAAUCAGGGAGGGGUCCUCCGACUGGAAGCCCUGCAGAAUCGAUAAAGAGAAUGAGUGUGAUGAUGAACAGCAGCGACUCCACGCUCUCCUUAGGGCCGUUUGUUCAUCAGUCCAGCGAGCUGACUGUAAAUUCACACAGCAGUUUUUCACAUUCGCAUACUUCCCUUGACAAAUUAAUAGGAAAGAAAAGAAAGUGCUCACCUGGUUCAAGCAGCAUAAACAGCAGCAGCAGCAGCAGCAAAUCAAACAAAGUUGCCAAAUUGACAUCGGUGAACAAUGUUCAUGCAAAACACACUGGUGCAAUCCCAGGGACGCAAGGACUGAUGAACAACUCUCUUUUUCAUCAGCCAAAGGCACGUCCCUGAUAGCUGAAUGCACCAUGGUGAGAAACGAACUGGACAAUUUUCACUACAAGCAAAACCUCCAUUUGGAUUUCUGGACUCCAAGAUGCCUUGAGUUUUCCCAACUUCCCAUGGUCCUCAGGUGUGGAAAUCUACUGGACUGUCACUUAAACAAGGAAUUUCCCUGAAGCCAUGUCUGUAGCAGCGAAUAUACUAGAAAUGGACACUGGAUGAAGUUCAGCCACAUAAUUGCUCUUAUCAGUGUUAACGGUGGUCUGAACUGUUUGCUACAAAUCUGUGAGAUUUUACUUACAGGAGUACAUCAUCUUGCCACUAUUUGACAUAGAUUGGCUGGGCAAACGAAUGUUUUUUGGGGGGAAAUAAACGUUACUGUGGACUUAUUUUUAUACUGAUGGUGUCUUUUGUAGGUGAUAGCUGACCAGACAGACACCCUCAAUGGAGAGGACCCCGUGACAAGGGGGAAAAAUGUGUGAGGCACAAUGGAAAGAAGCCCUCAAGAAGGGAAUAUGGCUUUAGUGUUUUUAUAGCAAUGUUCCUUUAAUGGAAUAUAAAAAUAGCACAAUUCAAAAAAUAGUCUGUGUUUUGCCCAGCCUUUUGCAAGUAAUUUGGGAUAAGAAGCUAUCAGGAGUUUAAAAAAAAAAAAAAACACCACAAAACAAACCCAACAAAACCCAGAAAAACUUGUUUGAGGCCAUCGCUCAGAAAACAAGUAUAAAAAUGUCGUACUUGCAUGAUACAAAACCUACUUUCUAUUAUUUUGAAUAAGAUUUGAUUGCAGAAGAAAAGUUAAUUUUGUUUUUUAAAAAAUUCAAAACCAUCAAACAAAGGCAAAUAACCUCUAAAACUAUGUGCCCAAAGAACGUAUUUAUUGACCUAUACUGUAUACCA